ACACUCCAUGGGAAGAUGAUGAAGUUGUGACAGGUCCUGAUGGACCAUUUCUUGCAGCUGACUAGCCAGCAGAUGCAGGGCCUCUCACCAGAAGACCAGCAAUGCACACAAGCCUCCCAAAAUCAGGAAAAGAGGAUGGGCUAUUUACUGUCCCAGAUAGUCAACCUCUUAUGGUCUGAGGCUGUAAAGAGACUGAAGUUCAAAGAAUCUUUCCCUCACUGGCAUUCUAGAUGUGACACUAGUUGGGUAGCAGACAAACCCGGUCCCUGGCUGGGUGGUUUUGAAGCUGCCUUUGCCAGGCAUGUCCUGUCCAAAUGUGGUACUGCCAUCUAUGAAUUCUGCCACAACAACUUUGAGAGUUUUGAGGCCUAUCAGAGAAACAAAUACCACAAAAAAGUAACCCUCUGGGGUGAGAAACAUGAGCUUGGUGUAGUUGGGAAGGAAGACCCAUGUGCCAGAAUGGAGACAAUGAGUACUGACUACAUUAACCUUGGUACCUGUGAGAACAAGCUUUGCUUUGACCCAAUAAAAGAAAGGUUGAAUAAAUGUAACAUGAACUUCAUUGAUGAGAUCCUGCUGCAGUACUCUGACUGGCUAGGACAGCCCUUCCUUCGGAAAGAGCUGGCCACCUUUUUGACCCACUACUGCAGGGCACCUACACCCCUAUAUUCAGAAAAUGUGGGUGGUUCUAAAUGGCUGCUGGUCAGUCUUUUCCUCACUGGCCAUGGCUGUGUGACCCAGGUGCUUUGUAGCCUUGUACUCCUGGAUGCUUUUCCGAUCCCCACACCAUACUACAAUGACUUCGCCUUUAGCUCCUGCCUUUAUUCAAAAGUUGAACUUAUUCCUGUCUGCUUGGAAAGCCAGGUCUAGGAGACCAACUUGCUUUUUCAACUCACUGUGGAUAAGCUGGAGCAUGCCCUGACUUAGGCUAAGAUGAAGGCAAAAAAGGUCAAAGGACUUGUCCUAAUCAACCCCCAGAAUCCUCUGGGUGAUGUCUAUACCCGAUCGAUGCUGAAAGAAUACCUGACCUUUGCCGGGAAGAACAACCUACAUGUGAUCAUAGAUGAGAGCUACAUGCUGUCUGUGUUUAAUGCAUCCAUCACAUUUCACAGUGUUCUGAGUAUGAAACACUUGCCUGAACCUAACAGGACCCAUAUGAUCUGGGACACUAGUAAGGAUUUUGGCAUUUCUGUCUUCCAUUUUGGCGUUCUCUACACACACAACAAGAAGGUAGCCUCUGCCAUGGGAGCUUUUGGCUACCUCCAUGGUGUCCCUGGCAUUGCACAGUACAAGCUGCAAAUGCUCUAUGACAAAGGAUGGAUCCACUGGGUGUACCUGCCUGCUAACCACAGCCAGCUCUGGAGGGCUUACCACUAUGUCACUCAGAGGCUGGUGAAGUUGCAUCCCUUUUGUAAUGGCCACUCCAGCCUCUGUGUCUAGAUAAACUUGCAAGCUUACCUGAGUCCAUGCACAUUUGAUCAAGAACAGAUCCUUUAUCAGUGCUUCCUAGACAAAAAGCUGGUGUUAUCUAAGGGCGGAUCCUACAUGUGUAAGGAACCUGGCUGGUUCUGCCUCCUCUUUGCAGUAAACCGACAUCAGCUAAAAGUGGCCAUGGAUCAGUUCUGCAUGGUGCUCAAGGAAUACAAAAGAGACACGAGACGGAAAGAGCUGGAGCAGGCAAUCAGGACAUAGGCUGUUGACUUCCAGACAGUGACUCCAGCUAGCUUGCAGUCACGUGCUCAGGGGCCCCUGAUAUUAGCCUCUUGCCCAGAAGGCAUGGAGGGGUAAUUGGUGCUGCUAAUCAAGCCCCCUAAGCUGGAUUCUGUCAUUUUUAGAAGCCUUGUUUCUUUUUGUCUUUGCUAGCUACUAUGUACACAAAACUGAUGUUUUUAUUGUGAUGGGAGUGGGAGGACCUAAGCAGAUUUGGAGGGGUAAAGGGAAUUCCCUGGAUUCCUUUUUAGAUGGCUUU